AUGCACGUGGGCGCAUUUCCACAGCCACAGCCUGUCUACAUGAACCUGUCCAACUCAAAUUCUGCGCCCAAUUUGUACAAAAACGGCAACAGUCUUUCAGGAAGAAAGUUGACGUCUUCAUUAUCAGAAGCCACCUUCACUAGCGAGGAAGAUGUCCCAAACACACAUCUUCCUCCUGACCCUAAUUUGAGUAGUCGGCUGGUUCAGGAUGUGCAGGACGAUGAUAAUGACGAAAAAUUGUCCACUGAUGGCUCCGUAUCACCAUUGGCUUACCCCUCGUCUCCCUCUCCACCGAACCAACCAUUGUCAGACACAAAAGCACAACAACCGCUAUGUUCUUCCAAAACUUCUGAGGAUAGAACUAUUAAGUUUAGUAAAUUGGAGAAGUCAAAUAAGGUUAAGGAUAUAUUGAAUCUCAUUGAGUUCGGUCCCAUAGAGAGCUGCCAGGUGCACCAUCCCACGAUAAGCGCCGACGAUAAUAAUAAUGGAGAUGAUGAUGAUGAUGAUGGUAAGAGUCAUGCUGGCGAUGACGUUGAUAGCAAUACUAAUACAAAACUUUCUGCUUCACUCUCAUUUGUGAGUCCAGCUGUUGCUGUUAGAUGUUACACGCAGCUUAAAGAAAUGCUUCCAGAUUUGAAGACUGCAUUAAACUCUCCAGAGCUAGAAUUGAAACUUGUCACAGGUGAACCCUUGUCGCAGGAAUUGAGGGAUGCCAUAAAGAGAGACGGAGCAUCGAGAGGUAUUUGUGUUUCCAAUUUGCCUAAGGGCGUUUCUCAGAGCAAUAUGCUAAAGGAGCUAAGGAAAUAUGGAGAGAUCGAGGCUUUAAAGUAUAAAUUAAGCAAGAACUCGGCAUUUGUUUACUUCACGUGCAUUGCUAGUGCAGUCAGUUGCCUUAGCGAACUAUCUUCUGCUAACAGAGAGGGCCAAAUGUUUUCUCAGUCGAAGAUAUUUUAUGCACCCGAUAAAAACACCUCUCAGACCAAUAUCCCUGACUCUGUCAGAGGAGCCAUUGACUCUUACUAUACUAGCGUAAAUGAUAGUUUGGGAGAUAUGUGCUUGACUCCUUCCACAUCCAUCUCUUCCCCAAGAGCCUCCGCUUCUAGAAUCUUCAGGCAUUCUUCAUCUACAUCCUCAUCGGCACGAUUUAAUUCUCAAAUGGAGUUGCCUAUGUCUAUUCCAGCCCCAGGUAAUGUUCCACCAACACUGGUUCCUUCGUCAGCGGGUGUACUCCCUGGACCAUAUUCAUCAUUUCCAGAGUAUGCUUCUGUGUCCCCAUUCGUACACAGCACCUCGUCGACGUUCAAUUCUUCGAUGUCACCUUUAUCUGGUACUUUUGCAGAGCAACAGAUUUACAGCCAGAACUCACAUCAUGGCCAUAGCUCAAGCUUAAAUGAUGCCCUCGAUGCCAUCCCUGACAAUCUUGGCAACAGAACUAUCUAUCUAGGAAACUUGGACUCAGUGACUAACCAGGAAGAUAUCUGUAACGUUGUCCGUGGUGGUAUACUAGAGUCUGUGAAGUUGCUUCGUGACAGAAGAGUUUGCUUUGUCACUUUUAUACAUUCAGAAGACGCAGCUGAAUUCAUGUCUAGGGCAACUUCUUCCGGUGUUUAUGUGCGUUCUAGAUGCUUGAAGGUUGCAUGGGGCAGAAACUCUGGUCCUCUACGUCCUCAGAUUGAGGAGGCUAUUGAAAAUGGCGCUUGCAGAAAUUUGUACAUCGGCAUAGUCAGGGAUGAAGACGAGAAUAGCGCGAAGGAGGAUACAGAGCCUGAUCCAGAGGAGCCAGCUGAACAUCAGAAGGAGAAAACGUCAUCAGAACCAUUCUUGAACUCUUCCAAUGCUUCAGAAGGAACUGAAAUUCCGGAGGAACAAACCCUUCGGAGAGACUUUUCAUUCUUUGGAGGCAUAGAACAGAUCAACUAUUUUGAGGAUGGCCGCUGUGCCUUUGUUAACUUCUUCAACAUUCUCUCUUGUAUGAAGGCUGUGGAAAGUUUCAAUGGCCCUGAUUCCCAAAGAACAAAUGCUUCAUUUCAUGGGAGAUAUACUCCUUUCAAGAUAUCCUUUGGAAAAGAUAGAUGCGGUAUUCCACCCAAGAAGAAAAAGAAAAAGAAGAACAGAACCAGCAGAAGCUCAUCCUCUGCGGAUAAUGAAGGGAACGAUAAUAAGCAGUUUGAAGAUUCCAAGUUUCGGGCUGCCCUUGAUGGGAUGCAAAUUAGCUCGACAACUUUAGAAGAAAAGAAAAAGGAAGAACAUGAGAAUAAAAUGGAUGCAGUUGUUGAAGAGAAGACGGAAGAAGAAAUAAAACAGAAGAUGAAUUCUAGCAGCACGAAAUUGAGAAAACCCAGCGAGUACUAUCCAGCCUCGUCCGAUUCGUCAUCACGUUCACAUUCCAGACAUGAUAGAAGAAGAAGGCCAUCGAGACGCCCCCUGGGUUCCAAUCCAUUUGGCCAGUCAGGGUAUGAAAAUACCAACUCUUAUUAUAAAAACGAUGGUAACCUGAUGGGCUCACCGAUGGCAUACUAUGGCAACGGUGGUUACUAUUCGUCCGAGGGCCAGGUCGGAUCUCCGGCAAUGACUCAAGGCCCUGGUUUCUAUAUGCAUGGCGGCUAUUCUCUGUCUUCCCCACAGCUGGUCCCACCAUCUCAACCUGGAUAUUAUGUUCCUCAAGUCCAGAUGUAUUAUCAGCCGUACCCACAAUCAUCUGCAGGACAGUAUUCUAAUAGGCCGUACAAGUAUCAGCAUCGUCAACGUCGCCGAUUUUCAGACAAACCAGAAACCUCUGUAACAGAGGAAGAAAGUGAGAAUGAUGAUGAUGAGGAAGAAGAAAAAGGUGGUGUUAGCACUGAAGAAAAACAUGAUGCGAGCUUAGUAGAGACUGUCAUCUGA